AUGACCUGGGUGCCAUGGGAAUCCGUACACAACUGGUCGCCCUUCCAGAUAGACGCCCUCGGUCUUGUCACCCUCCUCGGGGCAGAUGAGGUCAAUGGUGCAGUAGGGCGCCUUGUCAAAUGUGCCUACCUUGAGUAUUUACCGAUACUCGGUGCGUUCGUCAUUGCUGGCAACCAAAUUACGGACAAAGCCGCGGGCUGGAACCUCUACAACGUUUCACAAGGUAUCCAUACAACCGAUCUGUCCGCCUGGUUGACAAGAUGGAUGCUGUCUCAAGACUUCGAGCAAACCCGAAGCUUCGUCAUAUGGACGGUCACUCCUCCGAGAUCCCAAUGGAAAGAUAUCACCGUCUCGUUGAUUAUCAGCAUCAUCUUCAAUGGUUUUUUGCUGGCAUUGACCAUCGUAUCGAGAGACUGGUACGGUUUCGCCAAUGCCUUGGCUAUGGAUAUCUCAAUAAUCGUUCGGGUUUACGUUGUAGGCCAACAAAGGGCCGCAGUGGAUGCCAGAGUUAAUGAGGUCGUAAAGAAGGCCCGGGAAAAAGAGGAAGAGAAGAGGAGAAGGCGGAGCCACGCAUCAAGUCAAGAUACAAAUGGUGGUAGGACAGGACGACUCGACGCCUCUUCACAGGACUCUAUCCCACCAAAGCAUGCAGAGGAGCGGGCAAGAGUCUCCAAUCCAGAAGAUUCAAUUGCACGUCCGAAUUUUGAUCGAAGCAACCUCAAAUAUCCGGAUGAUGAAUGGACUGGAACCUCAACCAAAGUCUUAAUCAUCCAGACGGACUCCAAGGCUGUGACAUUCUGGAUGCCACAAGAACUACUCGCCCCGCCAUCCUUGUUCAUCGAGGGCCCAAGGCUAUUACAUCCGCGGAUGUAUUUUGUAGCUCGAUCGAUUGGUUGGCUCGCUUUUGCGGUCCACAUUGUGGCGAUCGGUAUGGCAGAUUUGGCUAGUCAGCUAUAUACCGUUGUUCUCAUUGUGUUGCCGACGCUCCUGUUGGUACUCAAGUUCUCUUGCGACGACUCAAAAUGGAUCCAGACAUUUUCAGAAUGGAUGAGGAAAUAUCUUGAGACACGUGCCAUGGCAUCAGAGCGCCAACGAUUAGCCGAUGAGAAUGCAUUGUCAUCUGAGCCGAUAAAACUGCGGAAUUGCUGGAUCGGUUCACGUUUGAAAGCCGAAAUCUGCGAGUGGCCAGAAUCCUAUGAGUUCGUCGAGACGGCCCCAUCGGAAUGGUCGAGCGGCAGUCCUCGCAAAGAGAGAGGACGAUCAACGAAGCGCCAAGACCUUUACGCCUGGCUUGCUCUCAGCCAUGCCGAAGAGGAAAGCAUGGACAAAUGGGAUCUAUUCCCGCAUAUUCGCAAUGAUAACACUACAUGGUGGGAGACUUACAAGCUGAAGAAGAAUUGUCUGAAGCGGAAUUCAACAUUUGGACCACAGCUCACACCUGACAAGUCUUCCACCAAGGAUACCACAGAUGAUGUGCCGACUUCGAUCUUCCAGAAGGGCCGAACCAAGACGAUCAACUUCGCCGCCAAUAUGUCGGACGGUCAGUAUGUCCAAGCUCGAAGAACGAGCAGUGUCGUCGAGCAUAGCUCAGCAUUUCCUGCAAUUAGUGAUCAUGAACAGCUGGAAAAUAUCAUCGAUGGCACUGACGGCGUCCUGACUCAAUCUCCGGUAGAGACUGUAAGAGGAAGAGGCGGGCUGCUUUCUGCAGAGACUUCUGAUACCAUCAUGAGUUCUACUCCUGAUCAUCGUCAGGCUACUGGUGGUAUUAAGGAAGAUUGA